UCCCCUGUAGACGCCACAAGAACAAGUAGCCCGAGCACUUCAAGAAGCGGGCUUUUGUUUGGAUGACAAGGACACUGAUAUGCACCACGUUGAAAGUUUUUCAUGGCCAAGUUUACUGGAUUUCGGUCAAGUCUGGAUUGCUAGAAAGAAUGCAGAAAAAAGCUAUCAAUUGGGAUCUUCUUUAAACAUCAGCAGUUAUGCAAAGUGGAGAAAGAAUCCAAUCUUCCAAUCACAACGAUGCAAUGGAAUGAAGUAUAACAAGAUUGACUUCAAGCCCGAUGCAUCACUGGACAAAGAUCUAAAAUUAUUAUGCCAAAAUAUCUGUUUAAGGGAUUGGACUUCUGAAAAACCAGUCACCUCAUUGCUUUACGCACUUGGUUCAAUGGACUCGAGAAAAUUACUAGAGACAAUCAAGUCACACUUGGACAAAACUGAGGAGAUUGGGGAGUUGGUUUGCUAUUAUGCCAGAGAAGGAGGAGUGGUUAAGGUGGCUGCUCUGUUGAUGGUGGCCUGGAAAAAGCUGAUGGCCGUGGACUCAUUUGACAGUAAACAUGGUGCUAGUGUCGGUAGAAGUAAGAUUCGCCAAUUUUUAAUGAGCGAGAUUGAGAGGCUGAUUGACAAAGAGAUGCAACAAUUGGGAAAAUCGACAAAGAUACAUAUGGAUAAGCAAAACAUGACAUCGAACAAGAUGUUUACAGAUAAGCAAGAUAUGAUGUCUGCAUUGCAGUUGCUUGAAAUUUUUGAGAGGGCUGGUGAUGGUCUUGAUCAAUUCAUUCAGGAGAGACAAUGCAGUGAGAUGACAAAAGAAGAUUCUGCAGAGAUCGUAUGUUUGCUUUCAGGUCUUGUCUGCACCUCAAAUCCGAAAGGCACCUCGAAAUGUGAUCAAUGGAGUUGCAUUAGGUGCUCAGAGUAUGAAUUAGAUGAAGGAGAAUCACCAUCAGAUUUCAUUUCUUAUUAUUCAUACAAUCGCGUCACCGAUGUGGAGCGUCAAAUCGCAUAUGCGUUUAAGGGAAUACCAUCCUCUCCAUAUUGUUGUGGGAGGCGGCCCUUCCAUACAUUUUCGAUUUCGGGAUGCAGCUUUGCUGUCAAGCCAUCCUUCCACAUGAAAACCCAAGUAAAUCAAUCCUCGCAAAGACUGGAGGCGAGGGUGUUAAAUUUUUCACCCUCCAGGAAGUGGGCAUCUAUGGGACUAUCACUCAGCAGGGCAUUGAAACGUGUUUGACUUACCUAGAUGUCACUGAUAAGAAUGGAAAGCUGAUUUGCUGGGAAUAACAUUUCUACAUAAUGUUCUAAGCUGCACACUGCAGAAUCGGAAUUAUGAGGCCAAAGAAACUGAACCAAACAGCAUAUGCAAAUAUAGUAGAACAGAGAAUAAAAAAAUAACGAAAUGGAAAGUAAUACUGCUUCUAAAAUACAUGGCAGCUGAUGGGAGAGAAAAACUCCGAACUAAUUGAUAAUCACAAAGCAGAAUCACACCAUUGCAAAUCUUCGUUGUACUGUCUUGCCUCACAAUUUUUCAUGCUAGUAAAUUUUGUACUGCCUCAUCUGCAGCGGAUACAACAAAGUAUACUUUUGUUUUUGGUUCUUAUUUUAUCUUUAGCAUUCUUGUAAUUCCUUAUUAAAAAGGGUGAGUGCUAUCUGCUUGAAUUUUAUCUGUGGAAU